AUGCAGCUAUAUAUGUCCAAGAAGUUUGUGGAAAUCAGGAAACAUGAAUAAGCAAAAGAAAAUUAUUGGAAAGGUACUUCAAUAAUUCACAAUUGAAACCAGAAAGUACAAGACUAACAACACAUACAGUUCGUUUUGCAAAGAUGGAGCACAAUGAAAACCACCAUGCUAGUGCUACAACAAAAAAGGGAGGGCUUGUUACAAUGCCCUUUAUCUUUGCAAAUGAAGUUACGGAGAAGUUGGCAGUGGUGGGAUUCGGUACAAACAUGAUAAGCUACUUGACAACACAGCUUCACAUGCCGUUAACCAAAGCUGCUAACACUUUAACAAACUUUGGUGGAACUGCAAGCUUGACACCAUUGCUUGGUGCCUUCAUUUCCGAUGCCUAUGUCGGAAAGUUCUGGACCAUCACCGUCGCUUCCAUAAUAUACCAAAUAGGGAUGAUUAGCUUGACAGUAUCAGCAGUGGUUCCACAGUUAAGGCCACCACCUUGCAAAGGGGAGGAGGUGUGCCAACAAGCAAACUCAGGACAGCUGGCAAUCCUCUAUGUCUCGCUGCUGCUUGGGGCCCUCGGGUCUGGUGGAAUCCGACCCUGUGUAGUGGCAUUUGGGGCCGACCAGUUCGACGAAUCGGACCCCAAGCAGUCAACGAAGACAUGGGGUUACUUCAAUUGGUACUACUUUGUCAUGGGAGCAUCCAUACUUGUCGCUGUAACGGUAAUUGUGUACAUUCAAGAUAACAUUGGGUGGGGUUUGGGCCUUGGGAUUCCAACGGUUGCUAUGUUCCUCUCAAUUAUUGCCUUCAUUGUUGGCUACCCACUUUACCGGAACUUGGACCCGUCGGGCAGCCCGUUUACCCGACUCGUACAAGUUGCUGUGGCUGCGUUUCGCAAGAGGAAAAUAUCGAAUUUGCCCCCCGCUCAGUGCUUGUACCAGAAUGAUGAACUCGAUGCUUCGAUUUCUUUGGGUGGGAAACUCCUUCACACCGAACAGAUGAAAUUUCUGGACAAGGCAACCGUGGUGACAGAAGGGGAUGAUACAAAGUCACCAAACUUAUGGAAGCUAAACACAAUUCACAGGGUUGAGGAACUAAAAUCUUUAAUCAGAAUGGGCCCAAUAUGGGCCUCAGGUAUUCUUCUGAUCACAGCCUAUGCCCAACAAGGCACAUUCUCCCUCCAACAAGCCAAAACAAUGGACAGACACCUCACCAAAACCUUCCAGAUCCCAGCAGGCUCCAUGUCCGUCUUCACCAUUACGGCCAUGCUCGCCACCACAGCCUUCUACGAUCGAGUCUUCAUCCGUAUAGCCCGCCGGUUCACCGGGCUAGACCGAGGCAUCAGCUUCCUCCACAGGAUGGGGAUUGGGUUUGUGAUCUCAACCUUGGCCACCCUAGUUGCCGGAUUCGUCGAAAUUAAGCGUAAGAAGGCCGCUAUGGCCCAUGGGCUUAUUGACCAUUCCUCUGCUAUAAUCCCUAUUUCUGUAUUUUGGCUUGUACCACAGUAUGGGCUUCAUGGAAUUGCCGAGGCCUUUAUGUCCAUUGGGCACCUUGAGUUUUUCUAUGACCAGGCUCCGGAGAGUAUGAGAAGCACCGCUAUGGCACUUUUUUGGACUUCCAUUUCUCUUGGGAACUAUGUGAGCACACUUUUGGUCACUAUGGUCCAUAAGUUCACUCGUGGGCCCAAUGGGUCUAAUUGGCUUCCGGAUAAUAACCUCAACAAAGGGAAGUUAGAGUACUUUUAUUGGCUCAUCACAAUCUUGCAAUUCCUUAAUCUUAUUUACUACAUAUUUUGUGUGAAAUACUACACUUACAAGCCAAUUCAGGUCCAUGACAAAGAUAGCACCAGCUCAGAAGAGAAUCAAGUGGAACUUACCACCGUUUAAUAGGAAUUCAGUUAUUUACUUGUUUUGAGUUUCCCAUUGUUUUCAGCUAGAUCGCCUGCAUGCUUUGCAGACACUUGGAAACCACGUACUAUAAAUAAUAAUGAUCAUUAUUAUUACUAAAAAUGAAGACAGAAGAAAAGUACCGGGAUCAUAUUAUGUUGUUUUCAUGUUUCCACAAAUGUUACAAAGAUGAUAUACAGAAGUUACAAAAUAAUGAUGUAUAGAAGGAAGAUAUGUGUGUGUGUAGAGGAACUUACCGAUGACUUGAGUAAUAAUUUUAUCUUGGUGUAGUGGUUACAUAAAAAUAUAUAUUUUUCACCA